CCGGUCCACAGAAACUGGCCGUCAUGCUCACCGCCGCCCUCGCCGUAGCUGCUCUCGCCUUCCAGACGGUCUCCGCGAUCACUCUGGAGAAACGCGCUGUGGACUACUACGACCCGACCGCCAACGGCGGAUCUAUGCUCGACAAAGUGGGCGACACGGGACUCGGUGAACCCCUCAACGUUAUCAUCUCUGGUCUCAGCUCCCGGGACGUUCUGACUGACGAUGGGAUCCUGAACUAUGCCCGAUCAAUCGGUUUCUCGGAAGAGUGCUUCGGAAUCCACCAGGGCGACCCCCAGGCGGCCAACCUAGGCGACGGGAACGGCUGGGUGAAUCAGACGGUCGAGCUCCGCCAGGACUACGGCAGCGCUGGUAUCGGGACCUGCUUGGAAAGUGUGAUCGGUGGGAACCAUUUCAGGAUUUGGCGUCAGAACGGCAGUCAGGCAGAUAGCGGGGCGUUGUUCUUCGCGGUGUCCCAGGAAGAGCCUUUCACAGAGCACCACACUAUCGUACCUGACGGGUACAACAUCGGCAGGGACCGCCUCGUGCAGAACGCGGUAGGCCAGACGAGCUUCAACGACGUCUCAUACAGCACCGUCGCCCGCAACAUCACGGGGCUGCUCGCUCCAGGCGCCAACGGCGUGAAUCACAAUAUCUCGACGGAUGGCAUCGUCACUCUGUUGACUGUCACUAUCCUCUAAAGCGCAUCCUGCGU